GCGCUCAGUCAUAAGCCGACCUUACGCAGGUUAAGCCAUCGCUCUGGCGCUCACGCAUUAACAAUUACUGCUUAAAUUUUGUGUGAUUGGUGGGGCUCUAGCUUCCGUUUACGAUUCGGGUUAAUUUGUUUGGAAAGUAAGCACGGGCGUGCUUUUAUUUCCGCUGCACAAUUUUCGCAGAAAAAAUAAUAAAUUACGCAAAAAAGAAACAAAAUUAUAAACAAACAGUAACAGCAGCUCAAACUUUAAUUGCAUACACUGUAUACUAGCACGCUGAAGUGUACGCGCGCAAAACAAUCUCCCUCUCUCUUUUCUUCGACUUUGAGCACAGUCGUGUGCGUGUGUGUGCGCGCGCGCAACGGUAAAUUUGCGAAAAACGAAUUAGAAAAGCGGAGCAGCGACAAUAAGCAGCGGCAUUUGUGUUAGUUGGUGACAGACCACAAAAGGAGUGCGAAAAAGAUUAAAAUUGUUUAAUUUGUUGCUGAUGAUUGCUGUUUAUCUGUAAUUGGGGAGCGACUUUUAAGUCAUUUGAUGCUGGCGCAACAAACGCAAUAAACAUAAUUACAACAGCAAUAAAAACAAACAGCUGCAUUUGUCGCUUGCAGCUUUUUUAGUUAGCUCUCUUCAUUUUCUUUUGUGGUUUGCAGUUUUGCAUGACUGCAACAAAAACAACAACAAAGGCAACAACAACUUUAACAAAUUAGUGCACAAAAUGCCACCGUUUAAUUUCAUUAAGCAGGAGGUGCGUCCGGAUUCAAUACCGGACCUAAAAGUGGAUGCCACAUUUCGUAAGGUGCCCAAGAAUGCGAUCAGCUUUGCGAUCUGGAAAAUCGACGAGGAUCGACUUGAGGCAGUGGCUCGACCACAGUACGGCACCUUCUACGACAACUGUGCCUACAUCAUCUAUGCCGCGAAUCUAGUGGGCCACUAUGCCAGCCACGAAACGAUCACGCGUGAACAGAAACCGAAUGUGCCGCUGGAGCGCUAUAUACACUAUUGGCUGGGCAGUCAGGUCUCCGAGCAGAAUCGCUCCAAUGUGGUGCACAAAAUCCAAGAGCUGGACACGUAUUUGGGCAAUGUGGCAUCGAUCUAUAGAGAGUCGCAGCAUCAUGAGAGUGCACGCUUUUUGUCCUAUUUCAAGAAUGGCUACGAUGUGCUCUCCGGCAGUUUGUUGAAUGCACCGAAGCAAACGCGUCUCUUUCAGCUGUACGGUCGGAAAUGGUUGCGUGCCAUUGAGCUGGCGAACGUUGACUGGGCGCACUUCAAUUCGGACUACAUAAUGGUGCUACUAAUGGAUGCCAUGACAUUCGUCUGGAUUGGACGCUCCAGUGCCGGGAUCGAGCGACGCAGCGCUCUGGCCUGGGUGCAGCGACAGCAGCGCAAGGAUGUGCCGCUCUGCGUCGUCGACGAUGGCUACGAGCAGUCGAUGAGUGCCGAGCAGAAGGAGCUAUGGAACAAGGUAUUGCCGCUGCAGCAUCGCAUGGUCUAUCAGGCACGUCAGUCGGGCGGCGAUUACGACUCCAGCAACUGCUGCGGCAACGGCAUCAAUGGCAUCAAUGGACUCAAUGGCUACAACGGCAGCGGCAAGAGCGAUGCCAAUGCCAACAAGUUUCGCAUUUACAAGUGCAAUCAGCGUGGCCGGCUGCAUCUGGAUCAGCUAGACGUGGGCAUGCCCAGCAAGGAUGAUCUGAGCGAUGCGAACGGCGUCUAUUUGCUCGACAAUUUCGGGCAGAGCAUUUGGCUGUGGGUGGGCGCUCAGGCGACCCAAGCGGAUGCGCUCACUGCCAUGGGCAAUGGUCGCGCCUUUGUCAAGAAGAAGAAGUACCCGAACACCACCCUGGUGGUGCGUGUGCUGGAGGGCCGCGAGCCCGUUGAGUUUAAGCGCCUCUUUGGCAACUGGCUCAGCGUUUGGCAGGAUAACACGCGCGGCCACAAGCCCGUCUCCACCAAGUUUGGCAAACUGGAUGCCGUUCUGCUCGGCGAGAGGCCCAAGAUGGCUGCCGAUACGCAGCUGGUCGACGAUGGACGCGGCGAACGCAUCAUCUAUCGCAUCUGCGGCGACGAAAUGGAGCAGCUGCCACCGGCCAAAGCAACGGUGUUCACCACCAACGCCUCCUAUGUGGUCAACUACACGGUGCAGUGCGCCACCGUUGUGCCCGCUGAUCUGGCCUCAGUGGGCAUUAAGAGCAUCAUCUAUCAGUGGAAUGGCUCCGAGGCGUCAGCCGAGACAAUAGCCAAGGCCGACAGCUAUGCCAUGGCCAGCUUCGAGUCUCUGAAAGAGCCCGGCAUGUUUGUGCAACUCUACGAGUUCGAUGAGACGCCGCACUUCUUGCAAAUGUUCGAGGGCAAAUUGAUAAUCAUGCGCGGCCAGCGCAGCGAGCUGCUGCACUCCAAUAACAACCUGAACUGGGACUUCAAGACGAACAUAAUGCUGGAGACGUUUCUGCUGAAGAUCUACGGCGAUGCCAGCUACAAUGCCAAGGCAGUUGAGGAGCAUCCGCUGUCCUCGAUUAGCUCCAAGGACUGCUAUGCCAUCAAGACGAACCAUGUGUGGGUCUGGUGUGGCCAGAGCAGCACGGGCGAUGCUCGUGAAAUGGCCAAGGCAGUGGGCGCUCUGCUCGGCGAGAGCUCCCUGGUGCUGGAGGGCAAGGAGAGCAAGGAGUUUUGGCAAUCGGUGGCCAUGUACUUCAACCAGUCGCUGGUAAUCAACGGCCAGUCGUGCUCGAGCAGCACCACCAGCAGCAGCAGCAGCAGCGGCGCCGGCAGCAUGUGCAACGGCAGCAACAAUAGCAACGGCAACGGCACUGGCAACAUCUCCCCGACCCUGAGCAACAACUGCUAUUUGAAUACAACGAUGCCCAGCAAACCGCGUCCGCCGGUGCAGCUCUUCCUGGUGUGGUGGGAGCAAAGGCACUUGCGUUGCGAGGAGAUACUCGGCUUCGAGCAGCGGGAUCUCAGCGCCGACUGCACAUACAUACUCGACACGGGCACCCUGGCCUAUGUGUGGCUGGGCGAGCAUGCGGUCAGCCAGGAGCGCGAACGCUAUACGACCGUGGCCCAGAGCUAUGUGCAGAAUGCGCCAUUCGGCAGACGCGCGGCCACGGCGCUGGCUGUGGUGCGUCAGCAUGCGGAGCCGAAUGUGUUUAAGGGUUUCUUCGAGACCUGGGACAAUGAGCUGGGCAAGGGUUUUGUGACCUACGAGCAAAUGCGCCAGCAACUGGCCACCAUAGCGCCUAGCAAUGGCCUCAAGGAAGGCUCCGCUCUAAUCCUAAACAACAACCAAAAGGAUUUCGACGGACACAAGAAGUAUCCGUUGCCAGUGCUGGUGCAGGAAAUGGAUAUGCUACCGCCCGAAAUCAAUCCGCUGAGACGCGAAGUUCACCUCACGCAUGACGAUUUCGUCUCCGUCUUUAAAAUGUCCUUCUAUGAAUUUGAUGAGCUGCCCAAGUGGAAGAAGCAGGAACUAAAAAAACUCUAUAAAUUAUUUUAAGCAAUCAAUUUUUAAAUUGUUUUUAGCACACACUCACACUUUUACACAUACCCUGUAAAUAGUACGUUUUAAAUGGCUUUCUUUACUUAUCUGGAAUAGUAAUAAAGCAAUUUUAGGUAUAUUUUAUC